AUGGCUUCAUCGGACAAAGGGUAUGCUGACCCCUUUGUUGGCAUACAUGAGCCAUUCAUUGGCUUGAGUGAAAUGGAUUUUGAACUCCAUGACAUUUACAUGGACCAUGAACCAGAGGAAGAAUUUGUGUCCUCACUUGAUAAAUGUAAGGAUAUAUUCCUAAAUGUUCUAUUAAGUGAUGAAAACCUACGAAAUUCUAGUAUGGUGGAUGAAAUCAGAGCGGAAGUGUACCAUGCUACUGAUUGGCAGAGUGAUGAAGAUGAACAAGAGGUGAAGGGUGAACUGCUAACAACCAUUGGUAGAGAUGCCAACAACCAGGUUUAUCCAAUUGCGUGGGCUGUUGUUGAUGUGGAAAAUAAGUCCAACUGGACUUGGUUCCUUGAGCUACUCAUUGGAGAUCUAGACCUUAUUGAUGGAAGGGGCUUGGUAGUCAUAUCAGAUCAACAUAAAAUUCUACAAUUGGUAUCAGAGCAGGAAUCAUAUCUCUGA